AUUAAUGGAAAAGAAAAUAAGCACCCUUAUGCCGAGGCUUUUAAGAAAACAAAGGAAACCAUGCAUUACUUCUACCUUCUUCUAUGGCGAGGAGGAGGAGGAGGAGGAGGCGUUGGCCCAAGCAUGGCGGAGUCGGCCGAGCGGGAGCCCUGGUUCUCUGAGUCGUCCAAUCAAUCGCCGAUCGAUCGAAGUGCUGAAUAUGGAAAACCUUGCACUGACUCGGACUUCUUCGAACGCUGGAUUGCAUGGAUUGCCGACGUUUUGGUCUUCGAGGCGUUGGUUCUCCUCGGCUAAGUCUAUCACAAACCCUAGUUUUUGCUCCUCUUCUCCUAAGCCCAACUAUAACUCUUGCUCCAUGUCUUCCAGUGUUAUUGACGCUUCCCUAACAAGGUGUAAAGCAUUUGCUGUGGAUGCUUGUAGGGAGGUUGAAGAGUUGGCUGAUAUGGAUUGGGAUAACCUUUUUUAUGGGAUUACACCAACAGACUACAUGUAUGUCAUGAAAUGUGCUAAAGGUGGACAGUUUACUAGUAGCGAAUUGCAGCGCUAUGGGGACAUUGGAUUGUGUCCGACUGCUGGCGUCUUAAACUAUGGACAGGGUUUGUUUGAAGGUCUAAAAGCAUAUAGGAAAAAAGAUGGUGAUGUAGUUCUCUUUCGUCCAGAAGAGAAUGGCUUAAGAAUGCAGAGGGGUGCUGAGCGUAUGUGUAUGCCAUCACCUUCAGUAGAGCAAUUUGUGGAUGCUGUUAAGGAAACAGUUUGGGCUAAUCGACGCUGGGUUCCUCCAUUUGGAAAAGGUUCCCUAUAUAUUCGUCCCUUGCUUUUUGGAAGCGGGCCCAUUCUGGGCCUUGCACCAGCUCCCGAAUACACAUUUCUUGUAUAUGUAUCGCCAGUUGGGAAUUACUUCAAGGAAGGUUUGGCUCCGAUAAGCUUGUUGGUUGAUACUGAGUUUCAUCGUGCCACUCGAGGUGGGACUGGUGGUGUAAAGACAAUAGGAAACUAUGCAGCAGUUUUGAAGGCACAGGCACGGGCAAAAUCCGAAAAGUACACUGAGGUUUUGUACUUAGAUUCUAUUCACAAAAAGUAUUUGGAGGAAGUUUCAGCUGCUAACAUUUUUCUUGUGAAGGGGAAAACAAUUUUAACUCCGCCAAUAAAAGGGACCAUUUUGCCAGGAAUUACACGGUUGAGUAUUAUCGAUGUUGCUCAAAAUGAAGGAUACAAGGUUGAGGAGCGGCCUAUACCAGUGGAGGAGUUGUUUGAAGCCGAUGAGGUUUUCUGCACAGGAUGUGCAGUGGUUGUGUCUCCAGUUGGAAGUAUCACAUAUGAGAGGAAAAAGAUGCAAUAUGGAAAUGGCGGAGUUGGUAAGGUAUCUCAGCAACUAUAUUCUGCACUCACGGGUAUCCAGUGGGGACUCAUGGAGGACAACUUCGGGUGGGUUGUCGCCGUAGAAAAGUAAUUUGCUGAGAAGACAUAUAUGCUCUAGGGAGAUUAUUAUAUGAAUGAAUAUAUGGAGCAAGAAACAUGAAAAUAGAUCGACUUUUCUUUGAUGGGGAUGCAAUGUACAUAGUAGUAAGCAUUUUAUUAAGAACUGCAUUUUCUAGAUUGUUUGAUUUCUCAAUAUUGAAUUGUUGACAAUCAGAGUGAUUCUCUGCGGUUCCAAUUCCAUGCUACAGGAUCUUAUCUUUUUGCCAAA